AUGAGAGACUUGAAGACCCAGAAUGAGUCUGAGGCCGAUACCUCGUCUGGAUCUGAUGACCUUAUCUUCUUUGUCAAUGGCAAAAAGAUUGUUGAAAAGAACCCUGACCCAGAGAUGACCCUCUUGUUCUACCUGCGAAGAAAAUUGGGUCUGACUGGGACCAAACUGGGCUGUGCUGAGGGCGGAUGUGGUGCCUGCACCGUUAUGAUCUCUCGCUUUGAUCUGGACUCACAGCGUCCUCUUCAUCUCGCGGUGAAUGCGUGCUUGGCUCCUCUCUGCUCUCUGCAUCUCUCCGCUGUCACCACUGUUGAAGGCAUCGGCUCCACGGCCCGGAAACUGCACCCAGUCCAGGAGCGCAUCUCUCGGGCUCACGGAUCUCAAUGUGGCUUCUGUACACCGGGACUCGUCAUGUCCAUGUAUGCUCUGCUUCGAAACCACCCCAAACCCAACAUGGACCAUCUUCAUGAGGCUUUUCAGGGCAACUUGUGUCGCUGCACCGGAUACAGGCCCAUUCUGGAGGGCUUCAAGACCUUCACUCAGGAUGGAGGCUGUGGAGCGACACAGAGCGGCUGCUGUCAGACCAAAGACCAGGGUCCAGCCCAGAACGGAGGCUGCUGCCGGGGGAGAGCUGAGGGCUGCUGCAUGGACCAGGACCAGGGUCUGGACCAGGAGCAGGACCAGGGUUUAAGCGUCACUCUCUUUGACCCCAAAGACUUCAUGCCCUUUGAUCCAACACAAGAGAUCAUCUUCCCCCCUGAACUCAGCUCAAUGACCCGGUCAACAAAGUCCCGGUCUCUGGUCUUCAGAGGUCCACGUUGUAUCUGGAUCCAGCCGGACUCUUUGGAUCAAAUGCUAAAGAGGAAAUGGACAGACCCCGAGUCCAGGAUAGUAACCGGGAACACGGAAGUGGGAAUUGAAAUGAAGUUUAAACACUUGGUGUAUCCGGUGAUGAUUUCUCCCACUCAGGUCCCAGAGCUGAACUCAGUGCGACACACAGAGACAGGUAUUGAGUUUGGCGCUGCAGUGACCCUCGACCACAUGGGGGCGGUUCUACAGGACGCUGUGAUGUCACUGCCCGUGCAUCAGACAGAGGUGUUCAGGGCCGUCCUAGAGCAGCUGCGAUGGUUCGCCGGGAAGCAGAUCCGUAAUGUGGCUGCUCUUGGGGGAAACAUUAUGACAGCGAGUCCCAUCUCAGACCUGAACCCAGUGUUGAUGUCUGCGGCGGCAAAACUCACUCUCAGAGACAUAGAGGGCUGCAGAGUGGUGCAGAUGGACCAGGACUUCUUCACAGGAUACAGACGGACACUGGUGCGACCUUCUGAAGUGCUUGUGAGCGUGGAGGUUCCAUACAGCGCAGAGGGUCAGUUUGUUCGGGCCUAUAAAACAUCUCGCCGACGAGAAGAUGACAUCAGCGUAGUGACAGCAACAUUUACUGUGAUUUUUGAACCUCGCUCGAGCCAGGUUCAGGACUUGAGGCUGGCUUUUGGAGGAAUGGCUCCAACCACUGUCCUGGCCCUGAAAACACGGAACGCACUCAGAGGGAGGUCAUGGGGGGAGGAGCUCCUGCAGUCUGCCUGCAGCUCAUUGGCAGAGGAGAUGACCCUCCAGCCCUCAGCUCCAGGGGGUAUGGUGUCCUACAGGAGAACUUUAGUUCUGAGUCUGUUCUACAAGUUCUACCUCAGCGUCCUGCUAAACCUCAAAGAACAGGGAGUGGAAGUGGAGCCGGUUCCUGCAGACUGUGUCAGUGCUACAGAAGUGUUCCACCCUCCAGCGCCCUCUAGUGUGCAGGUCUUUCAGGCGGUCCCCACAGGCCAGAGGUGCGAGGAUGUGGUGGGACGUCCCCUGAUGCAUGUGAGCGCUCAGCAGCAGGCCACAGGAGAGGCUCAGUAUUGCGACGACAUCCCCAUGCACGACAACGAGCUGCACCUCACGCUGAUCUGCAGCACCAGGGCACAUGCCAAAGUCCUGUCUAUUGAUUGCUCAGAAGCCAGGGCGAUGCCAGCUGUGGUCUGCAUUCUGCUCGCGGAGGAUGUGUCUGGAUCCAACCGGACUGGUCCCAUAGUCUAUGAUGAGACCGUGCUGGCCCAGGGAGAGGUGACAUGUGUGGGUCAUGUAAUCGGGGCAGUCGUUGCGGAGACUCAAGCUGACUCCCAGAGAGCUGCCAAGUCCGUCAAGAUCCAGUAUCAGGAUUUGCCAGCCGUCAUCUCCAUUCAGGAAGCAAUAGAGAGUCAAUCAUUCUAUCAGCCAAUCAGGACAAUUCAAAAGGGAGAUCUGGAGGCGGGCUUUAAGCAGGCUGACCACAUUGUGGAGGGGGAGCAGCACAUAGGGGGGCAGGAGCACUUUUACCUGGAGACAAACGCCACAGUGGCCGUACCCCGAGACCAGGACGAGAUCGAAGUCUUCAGCUCCACACAGUCUCCAUCCAAGACCCAAUCCCUUGUGGCCAAAGCUCUGGGAAUCCCGUCCAACCGAGUCCACGUCAGAGUGAAGCGGAUGGGAGGAGGCUUCGGAGGAAAGGAGUCCAGAACCACCAUCCUGUCCACAGUAGUGUCCCUCGCUGCACACAGGUUGCGGCGUCCUGUGCGCUGCAUGUUGGACAGAGACGAGGACAUGUUGGUGACUGGAGGACGUCACCCAUUUUACGCCAAGUACAAGGUGGGCUUCUCUGAGUCUGGCAAGAUUCUGGCUCUGGAUGUCACCUUCUACAGUAAUGCGGGAAACUCCAUGGACCUGUCUCUGUCUGUGAUGGAGAGGGCUCUGUUCCACAUGGAGAACUCGUACCUGGUGCCAAACAUUCGGGGACGUGGUGUUGUGUGCCGGACCAACCUCCCCUCCAACACAGCCUUCAGGGGCUUCGGGGGGCCGCAGGGCAUGAUGGUCUGUGAGGACUGGAUCACAGCCAUUGCCCUGAAGCUGGGGAGGCCCACUGAGCAGAUCCGGGAGCUGAACCUGUACUCUGAGGGGGACCGUACACCUUAUAACCAGCUGCUGGAGGGAUUCACUCUGCAACGCUGUUGGGACGAGUGUUUGAUUCGAGCCAAGGUCCAGGAGAGACGAGCCCACAUCCAAGAAUUCAACAGACAAAACCGCUGGACCAAACGCGGUCUUGCUGUGGUUCCCACAAAGUUUGGUAUCGCGUUCACUGCAACCUUCCUUAACCAGGCCGGAGCUCUGGUCCACAUUUACACUGAUGGCUCGGUUCUUUUGGCUCAUGGAGGGACUGAAAUGGGCCAAGGACUUCACACCAAGAUGAUCCAGGUACUAAUCAGACCAGUCUCCUCCACUUCUCUCUCCAUCUGCACUCCUCAGAUGACUCUCUCUCGUCCUCGCUCGCUCACGCAUCUCAUCCUCGCACUAAUCCGGGCUCCUCCUUUCUCCCUCUCCAUCCUCUCUCUCCAGGACUUCAAUCUUCUCCUGUCGUCUCUCUCCGCACUCCGCCUCCCCUCCUAUCUCUCAUCCUCUCUCCCUCCUCUCAUCACCCUAUCUCCUCUCUCCUCCUCUCGUCUCUCUCUCCCCUCUCUCUCACCUCUCUCUCGUCUCUCUCGUCUCUCCACUCUCUCUCCUCUCACUCUCUCUACUCUCAAAGGAUCUCUCUCUCUCUCUCUACAGUCCUCUCUCUCAUCUCAUCUCUCUCCCUCUCAUCCAUCCUCACCGCUCUCCGCACCUUCUCUCUCUCUCUACUUCAUCUCCUCUCCACUCUCUCCUCCUACUCCUCUACUCCCUCUCUCUCCUCCUCCACUACUCUCACCUCUCUCUCUCGCCAUCUCCGCUCCUCUCGCGCCCUCCUCUCGCUCUCAUCUCCACACUCCUCUCCUCUCUCCUCCUCUCUUCCUCUCCUCCCCCUCAUCCCCCUCUCCUCCAACCCAUCCCAUCCUCCACUGCCCUCUCCUCCGCCUCUCUCUCUCUCUCCCCUCUCUUCGCCGCUCUCUCCUCUCCCACACGCCUCGCGCCUCUCCUCUCUACCCUCCACUUCCUCUCCCCCUCUCCUCACUCGCACCGCCUCGAUCUCUCCUCUCACACACCUCUGUCUCCGCCAUCCUCGUCUCUCUAACGCUCCUCACUCUCCUCCCUCGUCUCUCCCCUCCCCCUCUCUCGCUCCGCUCACUCUCUCCCUCUCCCUCUGAUCUCCAAUCCCCCUCUCAUCCUCUCGCUCUCUCACUCGCUCAUCUCCCUAACUCGCUCCUCUCCCCGCCUCUCUCGCCCGCACUCUCUCACUCCCGGCAGUCUCUCCUCACCGCAUCCUCUCUCUCUCUCGCUCUCACUCCUCUCUCGCUCCUCUCCUCUCCUCUCACUCGCUCUCUUCCUCUCCUGCGCUCUCCUCUCCUACUCCUUCACUCCCGCGUCUCUCCUCUCUCCUCAUCCACUCCGUCUCCUCUCUCUCCUCACCGCUCCUCUCUCUCUCCUCCUCUCUCUCGCUCACGCCUUCUUCCUCUCUCUCCCUCGCCUCCCUCUCCGUCUCACCUCCAUCUCUCUCCGCAUCUCUCCCGCACGGCGCUCACCCCCGCAUCUCUCCUCUCCCUCUCUCUGCCCUCCGUCUCUCUCCGCUCUCUCCACCCAUCUCGUCCGUCUCUCUCCCGCUCUCCUCCUCUCUCCCCCCCUCUCUCCUCUCCUCUCUCCCUCUCUCCUCUCCACUCGCCCUCUGCUCUCUCCUCUCUCCUCUCGCUCCUCUCCUCAUCCUCCUCUCUCUCUCCUCUCUCCACUCCCUCUCAUCCCCUCCUCUCUCUCGCCUCCCUCUCUCGUCCUCGCCUCUCCUCCAUCUCCUCUCAUCCUGCUCCUCCCUCUCCCCCGCCUCCUCUCCCCUCCUCCUCUCUCUCUCCACCAUCAUCCCUCCCUCUCCCCCUCUCUCUCUCUCUCCACUCUCUCCUCCCUCGCUCCUCUGAUCCUCAUCCUCCCUCCUCCCCGUCGCGCCCCCCUCUCUCGACACAUACAUCCUCCUCUCACCUCCCUCCUCUCCGCGAGCCCCUCUCCACUCCUCUCCCGCCGCGUCUCUCACUCCGCCCUCCGUCCUCCUCUCCCUCUCUCAUCCCUCUGGUCUCUCGUCCCACUGUCGCUCCUGCUCGCCGCAUCUCUCUCCUCCCUCCCCCCCCCUCCCCCUCAUCUCUCUCCUCUCUCGCUACCAAUCUCUUCCGAUCUCCCCAUCAUCUCACGCCCUCGACUCUCCCCCUCGCUCUCCGCACGCCCCUUCUCCUCUCCUCCACCUCCUCCCUCACGUCCGCUCUCUCCCAUACGCUCGCCACUCAAUGUCUUCUCAUCCCCUCGCAUCUCCUCCACGCUCCUCUGUCCUCCUCCGCCUCUCCUCCCUCUCUCUCUCGUUUCUCCUCUCUCCCCCACUCCCCACUAGCCACUCUCAGCUCCCACGCGCUCCCUAAAAUCCUCGUCCAGACGCCUCCUCGUUCUUCUCUUCUCUCCCCCUCUCAUCUCUCCACUCCCACAGCCCUCCAAUCUCCCGCUCACCCGGGCCUACGCCCUACUCUCUCUGAUCGUCUGUCUCCCAAAUACUGUUGCAUCGUCCUUCCUCUCACCCCUCCUCCUCACUCUCCCUCUCUCCCCCCGCCUUACUCACCAUCCAUCCAACUCUUCUCUCACUACCUCUCCUCCUCUCUCUCGCCCUCGCCGCCAGUCAAUUCCUCAUCUCCCUCCAUCUCGACCUCCUCGGUCUCAAUCGACGCUGCUCUUCUCUCGCCUCUGCUCCUCUCCUUCUCUCCUCUCAAUCACUUCGAGAAUCCCCAUCCGUCCGAGAUCUUCUCAAUCUCGCUCUCGCGUCAACCGACUCCCGCUCCCUCUCUCUCAUAUCCCCCCGACCUCUCUCUCACUCUCCUCUCAGCUCCUCGGCUCCUCUCUCCAAACCCUUCUCGCCAACUCCGUCCCCAUCCGCCAAUCACUCCUCUCUCAGUCUCCCAGUCUCCACCGGCUCCCUCACUAGCGUCUCCACAAUCACCCCUCUCCUCCCCGCCACCGUCCUUCUCCCUCCCCGCUCAACACUCUCCCAUCGUCUCCCUUCUGAUCUCGCUCUCCAGUCGUCACUCCCACGCACUUAACCUCGUCCUCUCUUCUUUCCUCUCUCUCUCUCUCUCUCUCUGCAGUGUGCAGCAGAGCUCUGGGUGUUCCUGUCCGACCGCGGCCUCUGCCUCGUCAGACCUGAACGGAGCCGCCGUCCUCAAAGCGUGUGACAUCCUGAACCAGAGACUGCUGCCCUACAAGGACCGGGACCCUCACAGGCACCUGGGAGAGCUGGGACUUCCAGAUCUGGGCUAUAUGACGUUGAGAACCAAACUCGCCCGCGCCUUUAACGAGUUCCAGUUAGGAUCUGCUGCAGGUGGAGGUGGAGGUGGACCUGUCGCACUGGAGUUCAUAAGCUUCCAGGUCAUCCAGCUUGUUACGGAGAGAUUGCGCGUUCUCAAGCAGGAUGGAUGGGAGCGCGGUCAUCCGUCGCCGGUCCUGGAGGCACAAGCGCUUCAGUCUCCGGUGGACACCCCCUCGUCUUCCCCUUUUGCGGCGUACGGGUCGAGCCGCCGUUUUGCAAAGCUCCAGCGGGAUGUCUGGCGGUGGAUCCGCGGCCCGCUCGGAGAACCGGAGCUGUAG